GGCGGCGGCCGCGCUCCCUUCCGGCCUGGUGUCAUGGCGGGCCCUGCGCGCUGAUGGCUGCGGGCAGCUGAGGGCCCCGGAGCGCGCCAGGGAGAUACGGAGACCUGCCCGUCGCCCGGCGCUUCUCCUGCCGCCCUCCCUGCCGGGGAUCCGCCCCCCUCCCUGGCCGGGCAGGCGGUGGGGGGGACAUGGCGGCCCACAAGCCGGUGGAGUGGGUGCAGGCCGUGGUGAACCGCUUCGAUGAGCAGCUUCCAAUAAAGGCUGGCCAGCAGAAUACCCACACCAAAGUCAGUACGGAGCACAACAAGGAAUGUCUCAUAAACAUUUCCAAGUACAAGUUUUCCCUGGUCAUCAGUGGUCUCACUAAUAUCUUAAAAAAUGUUAAUAACAUGAGAAUAUUUGGAGAAGCUGCUGAAAAGAAUUUGUAUCUAUCUCAGCUGAUUAUCUUGGAUACACUGGAAAAAUGUCUGGCAGGGCAACCAAAGGAUACCAUGAGACUAGAUGAGACUAUGCUGGUGAAGCAGUUGCUGCCAGAAAUCUGCCACUUCAUCCACACUUACCGUGAAGGGAACCAACACGCAGCUGAGCUACGAAAUUCUGCCUCUGGGGUCCUUUUUUCUCUGAGCUGCAAUAACUUCAAUGCUGUUUUCAGCCGCAUUUCCACCAGGUUACAGGAACUGACUGUUUGUUCAGAAGAUAAUGCUGAUGUUCAUGAUAUUGAACUUUUACAGUACAUCAGUGUGGACUGUUCAAAACUAAAACGACUCUUGCAAGAGACAGUAUUCAAGUUUAAAGCCCUUAAAAAGGUAGCUCAGUUAGCUGUUAUCAACAGUCUUGAAAAGGCAUUUUGGAACUGGGUGGAAAACUAUCCUGAUGAAUUCACAAAGCUAUAUCAAACCCCGCAGACUGAUAUGGCUGAUUGUGCAGAGAAGUUGUUUGACUUGGUGGAUGGCUUUGCUGAAAGCACAAAACGUAAAGCAGCAGUUUGGCCACUGCAAAUCAUACUCCUGGUCUUGUGUCCAGAGAUAAUCCAAGAUAUUGCAAAGGAUGUGGUAGAGGAAACUAAGAUGAACAAGAAACUGUUCCUGGACAAUCUCAGGAAAGCACUUGCAGGCCACAGUGGGAGCAGACAGCUGACUGAAAGUGCUGCUAUUGCUUGUGUUAAGCUGUGCAAAGCAUCUACCUACAUCAACUGGGAAGAUAAUUCUGUCAUUUUCCUACUAGUGCAGUCCAUGGUGGUAGAUCUUAAGAAUUUGCUGUUUAAUCCAAGCAAACCUUUUUCAAGAGGCAAUCAAAAUGCAGAUGUAGACCUUAUGAUUGACUGCUUAGUUUCCUGCUUCCGCAUAAACCCUCAUAAUAACCAGCACUUUAAGAUCUGCUUGGCACAGAAUUCCCCAUCAACGUUUCAUUAUGUUCUGGUAAAUUCUCUCCACCGAAUAAUCACAAAUUCUGCUCUGGACUGGUGGCCCAAGAUCGACGCCGUGUACUGCCACUCCAUGGAGCUGCGCAGCAUGUUCAGCGAGACCCUGCACAAAGCUGUCCAGGGCUGUGGGGCACACCCAGCCAUUCGUAUGACUCCGAUGCCAACCAGUCACUGUUUUGCAUGGCAGUGGGCCUCUGUUGCUAGUCUUACAUUUAAGGAGAAAAUGACAAGCCUUAAGUUUAAAGAAAAACCUACAGAUCUGGAAACCAGAAGCUACAAGUUCUUGCUCUUAUCCUUGGUAAAAUUGAUUCAUGCUGAUCCAAAACUUUUGCUGUGUAAUCCAAGGAAGCAAGGGCCUGAGACACAGGGUAGCACGGCUGAAUUAAUUACAGGCCUUGUACAGCUUGUUCCACAAUCCAGCAUGCCAGAUAUAGCACAAGAAGCCAUGGAGGCCUUGCUAGUUCUGCACCAGUUAGACAGCAUUGACUUGUGGAAUCCUGAUGCACCCAUAGAAACCUUCUGGGAAAUUAGUUCCCAAAUGCUUUUUUAUAUCUGCAAGAAGCUCACUAGUCAUCAGAUGCUCAGCAGCACAGAAAUCCUCAAGUGGCUGCGAGAGAUUCUCAUCUGUAGGAAUAAAUUUCUUCUCAAAAACAAACAAUCAGAUCGAAGUUCCUGCCACUUUCUCUUCCUUUAUGAUGUCUCUGGAGGUGGAACUAGUCAAAUUUCUCUUGACCAUGAAGAGAUGAUACGCUGUGCUCCAGGAGCUACCCUCAGGAAAGGGAAAGGGAAUUCUUCCAUGGAAAGUGCAGCAGGAUGCAGUGGAACACCCAUUUGUCGCCAAGCCCAAACCAAGUUGGAAGUGGCCUUAUACAUGUUCCUGUGGAGCCCGGACAUCGAGGCAGUCCUGGUGGCCAUGUCCUGUUUCCGUCACCUCUGCGAGGAAGCAGACAUCAGGUGUGGGGUAGAUGAAGUCUCAGUGCAUAAUUUUUUGCCAAACUACAACACUUUCAUGGAGUUUGCAUCUGUCAGCAAUAUGAUGUCAACAGGGAGGGCAGCUCUCCAGAAGAGGGUGAUGGCUUUAUUAAGACGCAUUGAACAUCCAACUGCAGGCAACACAGAGGCCUGGGAGGAUACACAUGCAAAAUGGGAACAAGCUACAAAACUGAUCCUUAACUAUCCAAAGACCAAAAUGGAAGAUGGGCAGGUUACUGAAAGUCUUCAUAAAACAAUUGUGAAGAGGCGAAUGUCACAUGUCAGUGGGGGAGGCUCCAUCGACUUGUCUGACACUGAUUCUCUUCAGGAGUGGAUCAACAUGACAGGGUUCCUGUGUGCCCUUGGAGGAGUGUGCCUGCAGCAUCGUAGCAAUGCAGGGCUGGCAACCUACAGCCCUCCCAUGGGCCCUGUCAAUGAACGGAAGGGCUCCAUGAUCUCCAUGGUGUCCACCGAGGGAAACGCAGAGACUCCUGUCAGCAAAUUCAUCGACCGGUUAUUGACUCUGAUGGUCUGUAACCACGAGAAAGUGGGACUGCAGAUACGGACUAAUAUUAAAGAUCUGGUGGGUUUGGAGUUGAGUCCAGCACUUUAUCCAAUGCUGUUUAACAAACUGAAGAACACCAUCAGCAAGUUCUUCGAUUCUCAAGGACAGGUUUUGUUAACUGAGACCAACACACAAUUUGUAGAGCAGACCAUUGCUAUCAUGAAGAAUUUGCUUGACAAUCACACAGAAGGGAGCUCAGAACAUCUUGGACAAGCUAGUAUUGAGACAAUGAUGCUAAAUCUGGUUAGGUAUGUGCGUGUUCUUGGGAAUUUGGUGCAUGCAAUUCAAAUAAAAACUAAGCUAUGUCAGUUAGUAGAAGUCAUGAUGGAGAGGAGGGAUGACCUUUCCUUUUGCCAAGAAAUGAAGUUUAGGAACAAAAUGGUGGAAUAUUUGACAGACUGGGUGAUGGGAACAUCAAAUCAAGCAACAGAUGAAGAUGUGAAGUGCUUGACGAGAGAUUUGGACCAAGCAAGUAUGGAAGCAGUGGUCUCUCUUCUUGCUGGGCUUCCACUACAACCUGAAGAAGGAGAUGGUGUUGAGUUGAUGGAAGCAAAAUCUCAGUUAUUUCUUAAGUAUUUCACACUGUUUAUGAACCUCCUAAAUGACUGUAGUGAAGUUGAAGAUGAAAGUGCACAAACAGGUGGCAGGAAACGUGGGAUGUCUCGAAGACUGGCUUCGCUCCGGCACUGCACGGUUCUUGCUAUGUCAAAUUUGCUCAAUGCAAAUGUGGACAGUGGUCUUAUGCACUCAAUAGGCUUGGGCUAUCAUAAAGACCUCCAAACAAGAGCUACGUUUAUGGAAGUCCUCACCAAAAUUCUGCAGCAGGGAACAGAAUUUGAUACCUUAGCAGAAACAGUGCUAGCAGAUCGGUUUGAGAGAUUGGUGGAGUUGGUUACAAUGAUGGGUGAUCAGGGGGAGCUUCCUAUUGCUAUGGCUUUAGCCAAUGUGGUGCCUUGUUCUCAGUGGGAUGAGUUGGCUCGUGUCCUGGUCACACUCUUUGAUUCCCGACACUUGCUGUACCAGCUCCUCUGGAAUAUGUUUUCAAAGGAAGUUGAACUAGCAGAUUCCAUGCAGACACUCUUCCGAGGAAACAGCUUAGCCAGUAAAAUAAUGACUUUCUGUUUUAAGGUAUAUGGUGCUACGUAUCUGCAGAAGCUUUUGGAACCUUUAUUAAGGACUGUGAUCACCUCCCCUGAAUGGCAGCAUGUUAGCUUUGAGGUGGAUCCAACAAGGCUGGAGCCUACAGAAAGCCUUGAAGAGAACCAGAGGAGCCUGUUACAAAUGACAGAAAAAUUUUUUCAUGCCAUCAUCAAUUCUUCUUCAGAAUUCCCACCCCAGCUGCGCAGUGUGUGCCAUUGUUUGUACCAGGCAACUUGCCACUCUCUACUGAAUAAAGCUACCGUAAAAGAAAAAAAGGAAAACAAAAAAUCAGUUGUUAGUCAGCGGUUCCCUCAGAACAGCAUUGGAGCGGUUGGCAGCGCCAUGUUCCUUCGCUUCAUCAACCCUGCCAUCGUCUCCCCGUACGAGGCAGGGAUUUUAGAUAAAAAGCCUCCACCAAGAAUUGAAAGGGGAUUAAAACUGAUGUCAAAGAUCCUCCAGAGUAUUGCCAACCAUGUCCUGUUUACAAAAGAAGAACAUAUGAGGCCUUUUAAUGAUUUUGUAAAAAGCAAUUUUGAUGCAGCACGAAGGUUUUUCCUUGAUAUUGCAUCUGAUUGCCCAGCCAGUGACACUGUCAACCACAGCCUGUCCUUCAUCAGUGAUGGCAACGUGCUGGCCCUGCACCGGCUGCUGUGGAACAACCAGGAGAAAAUUGGCCAGUACCUUUCCAGCAACAGGGACCACAAGGCAGUUGGAAGGCGACCUUUUGACAAGAUGGCUACUCUCCUUGCCUAUCUGGGUCCUCCUGAGCACAAACCUGUGGCAGAUACCCAUUGGUCCAGUCUAAAUCUCACCAGUUCCAAAUUUGAAGAAUUCAUGACAAGGCAUCAGGUACAUGAAAAAGAGGAGUUCAAAGCACUGAAAACAUUAAAUAUUUUCUAUCAAGCUGGGACAUCAAAAGCUGGCAGUCCUGUUUUCUACUACAUUGCUCGGCGAUUCAAGACUGGUCAGAUCAAUGGAGAUUUGCUGAUCUACCAUGUCCUGCUGACUCUGAAGCCAUACUAUGCAAAGCCAUAUGAAAUUGUCGUGGACCUCACACACGCUGGCCCCAGUAAUCGCUUUAAAACAGACUUUCUUUCUAAAUGGUUUGUAGUUUUUCCAGGCUUUGCUUAUGAAAACGUAUCAGCCGUUUUUAUUUAUAACUGUAACUCUUGGGUCAGAGAAUACACCAAAUACCAUGAAAGGCUCUUGACAGGUUUGAAAGGAAGCAAAAGGCUUAUUUUCAUAGACUCUCCAGGGAAACUGGCAGAGCAUAUCGAGCACGACCAGCAGAAGCUCCCAGCAGCUACCUUGGCUUUGGAGGAGGACUUGAAAGUGUUUCACAAUGCUCUCAAACUGGCUCAUAAAGACACCAAAGUUUCUAUUAAAGUUGGGUCGACAGCUGUGCAGGUGACGUCAGCAGAACGAACAAGAGUCUUGGGACAAACAGUGUUUUUGAACGAUAUCUACUAUGCCUCUGAAAUUGAGGAAAUUUGUCUUGUUGAUGAGAACCAGUUUACCUUAACCAUCGCCAACCAAGGCACACCACUCACCUUCAUGCACCAGGAGUGUGAAGCCAUUGUGAGGUCCAUCAUUCAUAUCCGGACACGGUGGGAGCUGUCGCAGCCAGACUCUAUCCCCCAGCACACCAAAAUCCGUCCUAAGGAUGUCCCUGGAACGCUGCUGAACAUAGCACUGCUCAACCUGGGGAGUUCAGACCCCAGUUUGAGGUCUGCUGCCUAUAAUCUCCUGUGUGCCUUAACUUGUACCUUUAAUUUAAAGAUUGAGGGCCAGUUACUGGAAACUUCAGGUCUGUGUAUUCCUGCCAACAACACACUAUUUAUUGUAUCUAUUAGUAAGACUCUUGCAGCUAACGAGCCACACCUCACCUUAGAGUUCCUGGAAGAGUGUAUUUCUGGAUUUAGCAAAUCUAGUAUUGAACUGAAACAUCUCUGUCUGGAGUAUAUGACCCCCUGGCUGUCCAAUCUGGUUCGGUUCUGUAAACACAACGACGAUGCCAAGCGCCAGCGAGUCACUGCGAUUCUUGAUAAGCUGAUAACAAUGACCAUAAAUGAAAAGCAGAUGUAUCCUUCUAUUCAGGCUAAGAUAUGGGGAAGCCUUGGACAGAUAACAGAUCUCCUUGAUGUGGUGUUGGACAGUUUCAUCAAAACUAGUGCCACAGGGGGCUUAGGGUCCAUAAAAGCUGAGGUUAUGGCAGACACAGCUGUAGCCCUUGCUUCUGGAAAUGUGAAACUGGUUUCAAGCAAAGUGAUUGGAAGGAUGUGUAAAAUAAUUGACAAGACUUGUCUGUCUCCAACCCCUACCCUGGAGCAGCACCUGAUGUGGGAUGAUAUCGCCAUCCUCGCACGCUACAUGCUGAUGCUCUCCUUUAACAACUCUCUGGAUGUGGCAGCACAUCUCCCCUACCUCUUCCAUGUUGUUACUCUCUUGGUGGCCACGGGUCCCCUUUCUCUCAGAGCUUCCACUCAUGGUCUCGUCAUCAACAUCAUUCAUUCUCUUUGCACUUGUUCACAGCUUCACUUCAGUGAGGAGACCAAGCAAGUUCUAAGGCUGAGCUUGACUGAGUUCUCUCUGCCCAAAUUUUAUUUGCUGUUUGGAAUCAGCAAAGUGAAAUCGGCCGCGGUCAUAGCGUUCCGGUCCAGCUACCGAGACCGGUCCUUCUCACCUGGCUCCUAUGAAAGGGAGACUUUUGCACUGACUUCCUUGGAAACUGUUACUGAAGCUUUGUUGGAGAUCAUGGAGGCUUGUAUGAGGGAUAUUCCAACGUGCAAGUGGCUGGACCAGUGGACUGAACUAGCUCAAAAGUUUGCAUUCCAGUAUAACCCAUCCCUGCAGCCAAGAGCACUUGUUGUCUUUGGCUGCAUAAGUAAACGUGUGUCUCAUGGACAAAUCAAACAAAUAAUCCGAAUUCUUAGCAAGGGACUCGAGAGCUGUUUAAAAGGCCCUGAUAAUUACAACAGCCAAGUACUAAUAGAAGCUACAGUUAUAGCACUCACCAAGCUGCAGCCUCUUCUUAAUAAGGACUCUCCUAUGCACAAGGCCCUCUUUUGGGUGGCUAUGGCAGUUCUGCAGCUGGAUGAAGUCAACUUGUACUCGGCAGGCACGGCCCUGCUGGAGCAGAACCUGCACACCCUGGACAGCCUCCGUGUGUUCAACGACAAGAGCCCAGAAGAGGUGUUCAUGGAGAUCAGGAGGCCACUGGAAUGGCACUGCAAGCAGAUGGAUCACUUUGUUGGGCUAAAUUUCAACUCCAACUUUAACUUUGCACUAGUGGGACACCUCCUGAAAGGGUACAGGCAUCCUUCUCCUACAACUGUAGCAAGAACAGUAAGGAUUCUGCAUACACUGCUAGCUCUGGUUAACAAACAUAGGAACUGUGACAAGUUUGAGGUGAACACGCAGAGUGUGGCUUACCUAGCAGCAUUGCUGACAGUAUCUGAGGAAGUUCGAAGUCGCUGCAGCCUAAAACAUAGGAAGUCUCUCUUGUUGACAGAUGUUUCAAUGGAAAAUAUUCCUAUGGAUACAUAUCCCAUACAUCACAGUGACACUAGCUAUAGGACACUAAAGGAAAAUCCACCAUGGUCAUCACCAAAGGGGUCAGACAGACAUCUGGCUGCCAGUUACCCAACAGUGGGACAGAUAAGCCCUCGAACACGAAAGUCCAUGAGUUUGGAUAUGGGGCAGCCUUCCCAAGCAAACACUAAAAAGCUUCUAGGUACAAGGAAAAGUUUUGACCAUUUGAUAUCGGACACAAAGGCUCCUAAAAGGCAAGACAUGGAAUCUGGAAUCACAACGCCUCCCAAAAUGAGGAGAGUAGCCGAAAAUGAUUAUGAAAUGGAAACCCAGAGAAUAUCACCACAGCAACACCCUCAUCUUCGCAAGGUUUCUGUUUCUGAGUCAAAUGUCCUGCUAGAUGAAGAAGUUCUGACUGACCCAAAAAUCCAAGCGCUGCUGCUGACAGUUCUUGCAACAUUAGUGAAGUACACUACUGAUGAGUUUGACCAGCGGAUUUUGUACGAGUAUUUAGCAGAAGCCAGUGUUGUCUUCCCAAAGGUCUUUCCUGUUGUGCAUAAUUUAUUGGAUUCCAAGAUCAAUACCCUUUUAUCGCUGUGCCAGGAUCCAAAUUUGUUGAAUCCAAUUCAUGGGAUUGUUCAGAGUGUUGUCUACCAUGAAGAGUCUCCACCCCAAUACCAAACUUCUUACCUACAGAGUUUUGGAUUUAAUGGGUUGUGGAGGUUUGCUGGUCCUUUUUCUAAGCAAACACAAAUCCCAGACUAUGCUGAGCUCAUAGUGAAGUUCCUUGAUGCCUUGAUUGACACGUAUUUGCCUGGAAUUGAUGAGGAAACCAGUGAAGAAUCUCUCCUGACCCCCACAUCUCCGUAUCCCCCCGCAGUGCAGAGCCAGCUCAGCAUUACUGCUAACCUCAACCUUUCCAAUUCCAUGACCUCACUUGCAACUUCCCAGCACUCCCCAGCUUCUCUGCCUUGCUCUAAAUCUGCAGUUUUCAUGCAGGUUCCUCAUCAAGGGAUUGACAAGGAGAACGUGGAGCUCUCGCCCACGGCCGGACACUCCAACAGCGGGAGGAUGCGCCACGGCUCCGCCAGCCAAGUGCAGAAGCAGAGAAGUGCUGGCAGCUUCAAACGUCACAGCAUCAAAAAGAUUGUGUGACGCUGCCUUUUGAAUUUGUUUUUGUUGUUGUUAUUUUAUUUUUAAAUUUUUUUUUAAUUUUUUUUUUUUUUUUUGGAAACUGACUGACAUUCGUGGGCCUCUCCCAGAGGGUCCCCCCCACCGGUUGUGAUGCUGCACUUAAUUUUCCAAGUUCCCAUCCUGUCAGCCGUGUUGCCAGAUGAUCAACUCUUGAAACAUUGCCUGAAUUUUUAAUGCCUUCGUUUCUCUCCUUCUGCUUUUGAUUUAAGCUGGUGUUUCAGAACCCCUCAUCUAGAUCCUGACGGACUUUGUAGCCGAAGGAGGUGUGGAAUUCUGCAGCACUGCAGCCCUGUGUCUCGUCCAGAUAAGAAAGCCAUUUCCACAGACAGUUCUACCAUGCUUCUGUUCUCUGCCUUGUCCGUUUCUUCGCUAAAGGAAAGUGUUUAAUCCUUAAUCCUGUUUGCACACUUUUCCGAGGUAGUGGCUUUAUGAGCCAGGGGAAGUUCCUAUAAUCCUGGUUUUAAUUCAAACCUGUAAGAUUUUUAGCUGUGGACUUUUUUUUACCUUGCUUAAAAGAAACUUAACGAUAGUUGCAGUCCAGUGAGCUCAGCCAGAAGUGGUGGGUUAGAUUCAAUUCCUAGUCAUUAGCAAUAAAUUUGAGAGGGCAAGAAGGCUGCACGAGUCUCUGUCAUUCCCCAGACUGUAGCUUCACCUGCUUGGACUGUAUAUGGACCAGACUGGACAAACUGGCUUUUUUCCAAAGCAAUUUUUAUGUUUUUGUUUUGUUUUUUUUCUGUACUUUAACUGCACUAAAAAAAGAUUGUAUAGUGGAAAGAAAAUAAUUGAGAACUGACUAUUAUGCUGUCAUUGUAGCAGUGUUGAAAAUGACUGCUUUUUUUCUUCCAUUUAGUGUAUACUAAAUGCCCUUCCCAACAAUAUGCACCUUUGAGAAGUUCCUGGCAGGAUAACCAGUAAGGGUGUGAAGGGGAAAACUUAAUGAAUUCACUUCCAGCUCUGGAAAGUGGGGUUUGGCAAAGCUGCUUUCGUGCUGCCCGAGCAGUGAUAUAAAAACAGUAAUGUUUGCUUAAGGUACAUGAAUUUAAAAAUAACUGACACUGUGUCAAAUCCAGGUUACGUGUGAAUGUUUGUGGUGCAAUUCCCGGUCUCGGUGCAGACACCGGCAGCCAGACCUGUCUUGCAGAACUUCCCAGGGGUUUCAUUUUAUAGGGGUCUGUCCUGGGGGGGGGGGCAGAGGGGGGUCACACAGAGCUGAAGUUGCUGUCACUGUGAAAGACUUGCCAGCCACAGUCGUGUCUGGGCGACGGGUGGCUGUGAGAAGAUGCUGCUAUGUGGGUGUAAGGAUGCAGCGCUGGGUGCUGCCUCCACGGGUGGAGCAGAGGCUGCCUGAAGGGCCGGGUGUCCCCUGGGCACAUCUCCUGCUGAGGGACAGUUACACUUCCCAGUUUCAGAUCCCUGUUGUAUGUUAGAAUUUAACAAUCUUUUAAGUGGCUUUAAAGGAGAGGGGAAAAAAAAAGUAUAUCCACUAUAUCAAAUGAAAUCCUCUAGUGCAAUUUUGUUAGUGGCUUCAGUAAAUCAAACUCCACAGCUAAAUCGUUAGAGAAUGGUACAAUUAAGUGUUCAGAUUUUAUUGAUAUUGCACACAAUUCACAUGUAUCCACACAGUAACAAUGUAACAUUUGUGUAAAUAAAAAUACCUUUAUUGUAUUGAUUCAUUAAAAAAUAACAAUUUAAUUUCUUUAAUUUGUUUACAGUCCUGGAAGAACUUACGAACACAAACUUAAUAUGCAAAUGGUUUGCCAAAACAAGAGGAAAACUUAGAAUUAGCAGUCUUGAACUAGAUAUGUUGGAAAAAUAGGAAGACUUGUGCAAUUAACCAAUUUUUUUUUUAUUCUUGGUAGUGUUGGAGCUGCAGUAGAGCUGUGGUUACUGAACUGAUGCAGAACCAUGACAGGGAUUGUGAGGCCAGAACAGAAUGUAGGGACAGAGCAGGGACUCUGCCAUGUCCUGAGCUGCUACACAUGUAAAACUUGGGGAGUUGCUGAUUUAAAACUUUCCUCAUCUCAUCCUUCACCUUGCUCAGAGCCACCUUCAGCAUCGCUGCCAGUUUGCACUGGGUUACACUGCGUUCAGGUAAUUCCUGCCCUUUUGUUUUGCUGAAGACAAUGAAUUGUAGCUAGGAGGAAAAAUUACCUCUUGUAAAGGUAAUUUGCUGGCAGAAAAAUGUGGGUUUUGGUUGUUUCCUCCUAUGAGCAGAUUUUCUUCAAACAGAAAUAGUAACUCCAAAUUAAUUACCAAAUCAGUCUUGUUUGUGCUGGCUGCUUUUGAGAGCAACUCUUUCAAUGUUUUGAAUUGCCUAUCUAAAAAAACAAAAAGUGUCCCUAAAUUAGAAUGAAUGCAUUCUUUGAAAUGCAUAUAAUGUGCAAUCAAAUGGACAGUGAUUAAAAUUACUUUUCAUGUGAGAACCGAAACUACUCCAAGCUCUCGGUCUCAGCUGAAAAUAACUGAUAAUCUUCAUGAAGUAAGUCAACAAAAUUUAAUUUUUUCUGUUUCCUGGAAGGAGAGGGAGUCAUUCAGUGUUUUCACUGUAUGGUUCAGUGAGAGGACCUGAACUGUCAGAGCAGGGGUGUCAAACACUUUAGGUCACAGGGGCUGAAGUCAGGUGUAAUUAGUUGAUGGCCAAGGUUUAAUUCAGGAUCCCAUGCACCCCAGUGUCCCUGUACCAAGAGUUGGGAAGCUUGUGCUUGAAUCAAGGGGGAAAGCAUGGCCUUUAAUGAUUAAACUUCUAUUAGUAAUUAGUUGUUCAGUGCCUUACUGUCACAUCCAUUGCUUGGCCUGCUCCCCGUAACAGCCACUGCUGUUCUUUUGCCUUUUUGUUUUGUUUUUCACACCCUCCUUUAUUUGUGCUCUUUUCCACCUGCUCCAUGCAUUCCUGUGAGCACCACUCCGGGUUCCCAGUCCAGCCUGCUUCCAUUCCCUCCUCAUCCUGUCACUCCCUUGAAGCUCGUAGGGAUCAGCAGUUGGUUGCUGGUGACCAUGUGGGCUUGAAACCUGAUCUAAGGAGUGGGAGACAGUUCUAAGCCUUCCGACCUUGAGUGGCUGCUCCAGGCAGCCCCAUCCCACGGGCUGCUGCAGCCCUGGAGUCUGUGUGCUUGGAAACGAAAACUUAAAAUUCCAAAAAAUCUGAUUUUAACAUGUGGACCAUAUAAUUACAUCAUGGGGACUGUAUGUUUGACACCCCUCUUUUAGAACACGUUAUCCCUUGCGCACUAACGACAGUUAAGUACUGUAAAGAUGAUUAACAUUUCGUUUGUGUUUGUAUUUUCCCUGACUUAAAAGAUAAUUCAGUAGUAUUUGAGUAGUGCAUAACCUACCUGUUAAUUAUGCCAAUGUUUCUGCUUUAAUGUGCAUGAGGUUUCCAAGAACAGGAAACGUUUCAAAUAAGUAUUGUGGACUGAGCACCUGGGAGCCUUCCAGUGCUCUCUUCCUAACUGGGUUGUAGGUUUUAGGGCUUUUUCUGUUUCAUUCUAUGGUUAAUUUUUUUUUUUUCAAAUGUAAUAAAGCACGUCUUAUUGUUAUGCAACAAACUUACCACAGAAGGUCACUUUUAGUGUUGGUCCCACAAUUUUAUUUUUUUUUUUAAUGCAGUAUAUUCACCUGUAAAUAGUUUUUGUGUAAAAUUUGACAGAAAAGUAUAUUUACUACACUGUAAAUACAUGUGACAAUAUAUUGUAUUAUUUUGCUUUUUUUGUAAAGCAGUUAGUUGCUGUAUAUGUAUAACAUACAAAUUUGAUUAUUCUAGUGUUAGUAACUGUUAACUACUACUACUCCUUCCUGCUGUUGCAUUAUGUCAUUUAAAAAAAAAAAAUGCUGUGUACUAUAAACUUACACUGUGUAUGAUAUCUUCCUAUUCCCAUUUGGGCCUCAACUUUGAAAAUGUUUCCUUGAUCCACAAUCCUGUUCAUAUUGUAAGCAAGUGUACAACACUUGGCCAGAGCCCUGCUGGCUCAAACACAGUGGGGAACUGGAGGUAAAAAAUGGUGGAAACCUGGUUUCAGAUAAUUGUUGUUCACCCCAUUUUCCUCUCAUGUAUGUACUUUCCCUUUUUUUUGAAGUAAAAUGUAAAUUCAACCUGC